AUGAAUGUAAACAUGAAAUAAUUGACAGAAAUGUUUUAUUAUUUCGAUUUAAAAAGGGAUUUUUCACUUAGAAUUGUAAUGAAUACCAGGCCUAAUAUUACUUCUUAUGAUAUUCUUUUCCGAUUACUAAAUGUCAAAGUUAACGAUGCGGAUACGAAAGAUAAUAUCACUCAAAUUUGCCACGACUUCGAGCAAUUUGUUUGCCGAAAACAAAUACCAAGUGAUUUCAACGAUCUCAUACAUAAUUUACCAGAUGACGUUAUCCUCGAGAUGUUGGGAAAUGUAAAUUACCCGGGUAUGAAGUUUAUAAAUGAUUAUUUCUACGAAAGCUGCAAAAAAGCUCGUUCCGAGUCAAAUCAGUUGAAGAAGGCGAAACUCUCUGCAUUUUUAAAACACACUUAUCACGGAUGGUUAAUGUCUGUGGAUGAAAAUGAGAUGAAUGUUAUGGAGGAACACUUCCUGGAUAAGAAUUUCGAUCUCAAUACAUUGAUUCUUGCGUUGUUUCUUCGAAAUGAAACGACGCCUUUGUUCUCAAUGAAGCUUGUUCCAGCUGAUUCACCACGUAGCAAACCAUUUAUUUAUAUUACUCCAGGAUCGCUUGACGCAUUUACCACUUUGAAUGCGACUAAUGAAACAGAAGGAGCAGUAAGAGAACAUGUUUUCAGAUAUUUGCAAAAUGUCGGAGCCCUGCAGAAAAAUAAGAAGAUGAUGGAUGGUGUUUUCGAACUGUAUUCGAAUAUUAAAA